AUGGCAUCGCCCUUUCGCCCCUAUCACUGGCCACGCGGAAUUCCGCCUGAGGUUCGGCCGCACCCCAACGGAGAUAUCACACCCGCCGAGGCCAAUGAGGAGGCUAAAGCUAGUAUUCCCGAUCAUGAUGGUGAUUAUGAACUCCGCCAACGACGGACGCUGGUUGAGACGUGGGCAAAGGCAGACCAAGAACUAAGAGAUUCCUACCAUCAAAGGGCGCCUGUUCGAGACGCACUCGCAUACCCAGAACCAGCUCUGCGCAACGUUCAUAAAUUCUACCCUCCAUACGCCCGUUUCAUGUGUCUCGCCCCCCUAGGCCCUUCAUACCGUUCCAACCUCUCAAAAUGGAUUAAGCUUUACAUUCUGUCCUGUCGUCUGGACGGUGAAAUGGGCCAUUGUCUCCUUGUUGAUAGCCAUAUUGGAGUUGAUCCUAAUCCCGCUACAUUCCCAGAUCCUUCUACAUUUCAGAUCACAGACGUCUUACCAUGGAUGUUUCUCGAAACAGCUAAUUUCAAUACAAUAACCAUGACUUGCAGGGGCACUGUGCUAUUUAUGAACCAGCUUCGCACAUGGUUCCUCGUCAAUCAAGACGAUUUAGAUACAGGCCGUAUUACGACUGUGGAGUUUAAGCUAAAUGGCGAGAUUGCUGACUCGCUUCGUCGGAGAGCUUAUAAUAUGUUUCCCGUGUCCCUUGCGCUUUGUGUAGGUUAUGAUCCUCUAUGGGAGGUCAGAGAGCGCAGAGUGGGUGGAUACCUACCUGACCAGAAUGCCGCACUGGACAUGACCCUGCCUGUGAUUGAUAUUCUGGAAGGGGCCAAAUUACGGGGGGAAUUCCUUCAACAUUUCGACGGCGCACGAGAUGUUUGGACAGAAGAUAUCGAGAGAUAUGCUCCCGGGUACUUGCAGAUGGAGGCCGAAGGGAACGAGGCGGACUAUGAUCACGAACGUCUCAUGGAUCCGGACGAAGCUUAG